CUAUGUAGCAUCACGAGAAUCCGUCGAUAAAGCGUGCAUCGGGCUUUACGCCGGCAGUAGGCACUAGAUUAGCGUCAUGAUGCGUUCGAUAGAUUCGCUAGAUUCGAUAUGGAUCUUCAAAAUGAAACGAAAUCUAAUCGGUUUAGACUCAGCCUGUUUCCAAAAAUUGUCCUUUGAACCAGGGGAAGGGGGGGGAUGGGGUGUGGGAAAGAGAGCACUGCCUAAGAGCGAAUUUCGCUUUUGAGUGCCGGCUGGGGAGAUCUGCAUUGGCCGAGCGAAUUUCGCUCUAUGCGGUCUACUUGAACCACGUCGGACUCGGUGGACAUGUCAAAUCACCGCUUGGCUACAAAAACUACUACAAAGAAUCCCGUAAGUAGAAGGAGAGGGUGACACACUUACGUACGUCAAUCUAUUUCCCCAUAGGGCCCAUAACGUCUUCUUGUCCUCCCUCUUGGCAUCAAAAACUGCCGUAAAGAACCAAUAGAACCAAUAGAACCAAUGGAAGGACACGUGAACAGGUUAUUAUCAACCACGGAGGUUCCCCCACGGUUCCUCAACAGCGCGCUUCUCGUCGGCCACAUUCCCCACAAGGCCUUAGCUUCCGAUUCUCGCGUGUCCUACUCGCUCUACGUCCCACCCCGGCACUAUGGCUUCGACGCAGGGCUCGUCUCGGCGCCCGCCAAGCUUCCUCUCUUAAUCAGCGUGCACGGCACCCGACGCUACUUUAACGAUAUAAAGGAUCUAGUGCCAUUCGCCGAGUCCACGCCGUGCGCCAUCCUCACGCCGCUAUUCCCGACCGGGCUCGACAGCCCCAUGGACAUCGACUCCUACAAGGUGCUCAAAUCCAGGACCCUGCGCUCGGAUCUCGCGUUGCUGUCCAUGCUCGACGAGGUCGCCUACCGCUGGCCCGGGAUCGACACGGACAAGGUCUUCCUCAUGGGGUUUAGCGGCGGCGGCCAGUUCGUCCACCGUUUCCUGUACCUGUACCCGGAGCGGCUCGCGGCUGCCAGUGUUGGCGCGCCGGGGCGCGUCACUCAUCUCGACGGCGAGAAGAAUUGGCCGAACGGCAUCAAAGACGUCGAGACCGUCUUAGGGAAAGCCGUCGACACGGAAUUGAUCAAGCAGGUCCCCAUCCAGCUCGUCAUCGGCGGCGAGGACUACAAGAUCCCCGGCGGCGACGAGUUCUGGCAGUGGGUGCGCGAGCUCAAAGCCCAACGCACGGGGAAGGUGGCCGAUGGGACAGCGCCGGAUGGCCUGCAGCCGCUGGUUGACCAAGGCAGAACCGAUACGUUGAGGGAAUUGAGGGACUCGUGGAAGGCGCUGGGGAUCGAGGCGCAGUUGGACGUUGUUCCUGGUGUUGAGCAUGAUUCCGGCGGAGUUCGCGAGUGCGUGCUGGCGUUCUUGCUGCCUUUGAUACAGAAGCGCCUAAAAGGUUCAACUUCUUGAGUGGAAGAGUGCUAGUUUCCUUUUUUAUACCCUUCCUUACAGUUAUCAUGUUGGCUAUUAGGUGGUAGGUUGGUAGGUACCUGAGUAGGUAGAUGAUUGGAAUGUUCUGCUUACCUCUUGUAUCAUAGCCUUCCGAAGUAUCUCUACAGCAAUGGAGAUGAAGCGGUUUUGCUACCGAGAUAAGGACUUGUACAAAUACCAUUAGGUUAGAUACCUACCCAUAAAGAUUUGCGAAGCUAAGUAGGCGUUGUGGGUUGCAUAGUCAAAUGAUGAAGAAUGAUACCUCCCUUCAUUUGCCAUGGAAUUCAGAUGUUCAUGUUUACUAGGUGCCUACUGUACUAAUAGCCCCGCUAUUUACCGAGCACCCUUAUUUCUCAGGCAGCAAGUGGGGCAUCACAAACCUCACCGGCGAUACGAUAUUCCCCUUGUACCCUAGGUACGUAUCUACCUACCUCCCCUCCGAAGUUAAACUUAUAAGGCCCCGGAAAGCAACAUCUACUACUUCCUGGGUGAGAACUCAGAACGUGGGCUUUCACCCAUGUUGGCUCAGUGGUAAGGUGCGAAAACCACCAGGGGCGCUCCUUUAAAGUGCGGG